ACAAAUUUCUAGCCAGAAGUCUCUGAAAACCACUGAGAAAAUUCACCAACAACUACGUAGUAUCCACACUCCAACCUUAAUAAAAUAAAAACAGUCUUUCACAACAUUUUAAUGUUCUGUCUCCUUCCCCAUCACCAUCCUCAUUUAUACACCACCUAGGUUUCUUCACUCUUCUCCCUUCUCCUUAUAUACACAUAAUCCAUUAUUUCAUUUCAUUGGCCCAAUUAAUCAUUUUUACAUUGCUUCAAAACUAGUUCAUCCACUCCUACUUGUGAAAAUCAUAGCCUACCUCUAAAUAGUACACAUGCUAUAAAGUCAUAUUUUUUUAUAUUCAAGAUCUGAAAUAACUCAUUUGUUUACAUUUUCUAUAGCAUCUUCUUCUGCCAUGGAUCUUGUAAAUAGAAAAUACUUGAUCCAUUUUUCAUCACAAGCUCUUGGUCCAACAAGUUCAAGUUCAAUUUUUCAUCCUCCUCAUAUGCAUCAUUCAAGCACAAGUUUUCCAAUCAUUGCAAUUGCUAUUAUAGGAAUAUUAGCUACAAUUUUCUUGCUUGUUUCCUACUACAUCUUUGUGAUCAAAUGUUGUCUAAAUUGGCACCGUAUCGAUCUUCUACGACGUUUUUCUCCCUCUAGAAGACGACAAGAUCCAACAACGAUACAUUCACCGGGGAUAGAGCCUCGUGGUCUAGACGAAGCAGUGAUUCGGUUAAUACCGGUUAUUCAAUUCAAAGCAGAAGAAGGAAAUAAAGACUCUGCUGGUUCAGAGAGUUUUUGUGAAUGUGCUGUUUGUUUGAAUGAGUUUCAACAAGAUGAAAAACUUAGGAUUAUACCAAAUUGUAGCCAUGUUUUUCACAUUGAUUGCAUUGAUGUUUGGUUACAAAACAAUGCUAAUUGUCCACUUUGUAGAACAAGCAUUUCAUUGACAAGUAGAUUCCAUUUUGAUCAAAUGCUUACACAAGGGCCAUUUUCAUCUCAAGAUCAAAAUCCAACUAGAGAAAAUCUCAUUGGUGGUGAUGAAGAUUUUGUUGUCAUUGAAUUGAGUAACAAUAAUGCUAUGGAGUCACCAUUACCAUUACCAAGACCAUGUCCUAUUAGUCCUUCACCAAGGAAAAUGUUGGAUAAGAAAGGAAGGAAAAAGUUGCAUAAAGUGACAAGUAUGGGAGAUGAAUGUAUUGAUAUUAGAGCAACAAAAGAUGAACAAUUUUCAGUUCAACCAAUUAGAAGAUCAUUUUCAAUGGAUUCAUCAGGGGAUAGACAUUUCUAUUUAGCAGUUCAAGAAGCUCUGCAGCAACAAAAGAGGCAAGUCAAUGAAGUCAACAACACCAUUGAAGGGUCUAGUGGUGGAAGUGGAAGAGUCAAGAAAUCAUUCUUUUCAUUUGGAUAUGGAAGUAGAUCUAGAAGUUCUUCUGUUCAACCUGUUUAUUUAGAUUCUUGAAAUUUUUAAUCUAGUUUUUCUCUUUUUAGUUUCAAUUAUGUUUGCAACUUGCAAGUUUCUUAGUUUGGUUUUUUAGGGGUGAGAAUGUGAUGUAGAGAUUUUAGAGGUAUGAAUAGGUCAUAGGAUUAAAGGAUUGUAUGACACACAAUUAUUCAAUUGGAUUUAAUUUUAAUUUGAAAACCAUUCUCAUUUUCUA